CCUUGCCGUUGUAACUGCCCGGUUGAGCGGCUCCUGCUCCCGCUGCCGCCGGCAAAAUGUCUGAGCGAGGCGGCUUCUAUAAGCAGGACUUGAACAAGACCGUGUGGGAGGUGCCCCAGCGCUACCAGCACCUGACCCCGGUGGGCUCGGGUGCCUACGGCUCGGUGUGUUCAGCAUAUGAUACCAAAACAAGACAGAAGGUGGCAGUCAAAAAGCUUUCGAGACCUUUCCAAUCCCUUAUCCAUGCCAGAAGGACUUACCGGGAGCUUAGAUUACUCAAGCAUAUGAAACAUGAAAAUGUUAUAGGAUUACUAGAUGUUUUUACACCUGCAGCAUCAAUAGAAAAUUUUAAUGAAGUGUAUCUUGUCACAAAUUUAAUGGGUGCUGACCUGAACAAUAUUGUGAAGUGCCAGAAAUUGACAGAUGACCAUAUACAGUUUCUUAUAUACCAGUUACUUCGAGGACUUAAGUAUAUUCAUUCAGCUGGGAUCAUUCACCGGGACUUGAAGCCCAGUAACCUAGCUGUAAAUGAAGACUGUGAAUUAAGGAUUUUAGACUUUGGUUUAGCCCGGCAGACUGAUGAUGAGAUGACAGGCUACGUGGCAACACGAUGGUACAGAGCCCCGGAAAUCAUGUUGAAUUGGAUGCAUUACAAUCAGACAGUGGACAUUUGGUCAGUUGGAUGCAUCAUGGCUGAGUUGCUGAAAGGCAAGGCCCUUUUCCCAGGAAAUGACUAUAUUGACCAGCUAAAACGAAUUAUGGAAGUUGUUGGUACACCCAGUUCUGAACUUCUCAAGAAGAUCUCAUCAGAACAUGCCAGAAAAUACAUAGAAUCUCUACCAUAUAUGCCUCCACAAGAUUUGAAGGCAGUAUUUCGUGGUGCUAAUCCAUUAGCUGUGGAUCUCCUUGAGAAAAUGCUUAUCCUGGACAGUGAUAAAAGAAUAACAGCCUCGGAAGCACUUACACAUCCAUACUUCGUACAGUAUCAUGAUCCUGACGAUGAACCAGAAGCAGAGCUGUAUGAUGAGUCAAUAGAGAAUAAGGAACGGGUUAUAGAUGAAUGGAAAGAACUUACAUAUGAAGAAGUCAUCAGCUUCAAACCUCCUGAUUUAAAGUUGGAUAGCCUUGAAAUUGAACAGUGAACCCAGACGGCUGAUGUUUGGACCCUGCUGUACUGCAAAAACUACUAAGCACAUAGCAUUGCAGUUUAAUUUUGUAUACUCUGAGUAUUGAUUUUACUAUCCAAAGAUCCUGGAGGGGCUAAAGAAACGGUGAUAAAUAAUGCUGAAGAAAUUAUCUGGGAGUGCAUUUUGCCUUGUACUGUGAAUGUAACAUUAAGACAUUCUGACAUAUGAUGCACUGAGGUUAUUUUUUUUAACUGUGUCUUCUCUGCAUGUCUCAUUUUAUCAGUUGUGAUGCCAAAUAAGGAAGGUGAUUUUUAAUUAUUGUUUUGAAGUUGUACAGUUAAAGCAUGAAUGUAUGUUGAAACAAAACAUAGAAGUCCAUAUAAGCAACUUAUUGUUUUUAAGAGUUACCCUGAUUCUAUGUUGUGUUUUUCUUUCUAUUUUUUUCCCUAUUUAUAGAUAGUAGCCUUUAAGAAAAGGGGCCAUUGUAGUAAGCUAGACAUUACAUUUCACUGUAGUCAUGCCUGUAAUGGUUUCAUGAACAUGUUAGGAAAUUCUUGAUUGAGUGAUUGAGCAUCAGUUGGAACCUGGUCAAUAAAUCAUUGUUUUCUGAUAUUGUUAAUCUCUUCCCCCCCCCCCAGCUAAAGCAAACUACACAUUAGUGAUCUUCCCCUAGAGCAGUCCACAUCUAUUAAACCCCAGAAUCCCAAAAAAAACUAGUGCAGCUGAGCCGAAGCAGUGCAAUCACCACUGAAACUUCAGGAUCCUGGCUGGCUGCAGUGGGAGGGCUUAGGUGUCUUGUGGGGGAAGCCAUCCCAGGGUGAUGUCAUAGGUAGGCCCCAGGACAAGUGCAGUCAUAAACCAUUGUGGCCCAUGGAAAUGUUUUGAGUUUUGCACCCGUGGCUUAAUUUAAUUAUAACUGCAACACAUCCAGCAUAAGCUUAUUUAAAUACUUCUACCCAAUAUUUCUCCCCUAUGGGAACCCAAAACAAUUACAAAGUACAAUUUAAGCAAACAAACAUUAAUACUCCUAAUGCUUGGUCAGGUAUUAGAUUCAUCAGCCCAGCUCACUUAGAGGUCAUUGGCUAAGAUCUUGCUCGCUGAACUUGAGACAAAGGCUUGUGCCUCUGAUCACGCCCAGGUUUAAAUACCUCGAGUAAGAGGAGAAACAGCCUCAGUCCAGGUCUUAGUCAGAUGCUGCUAGUAGAUGUGGGAGUUGUUGUACUAUGUGUUAUUCUUGUACUGUUCUGGGGUGAAUUGUGCCUAUUUAUGGCAGCUUGCAGAAGGUCCCUACCAAAAACAGGCAGUGAAAGGAGAAGUGGACAGGUUCUUAAAAGAAAGGGGUUUGAGAGUCUGUAUUCUCCCUUUGUUCUUUCUAUCUCUCCUCUGUGCUGCUGUUCCAAACUAUCUGUAUGUUUUUUUUAAUUGUUGAUAAUUAAUUUCUCGUUCCUACUUGGAAAGAGCAUCUGGCCUCAUUUUGUUUGCUCCUCAGCAGUCAUGGAUUGCUUUAGGGCAGGGGUGAUGAACUCAUGAGGGCUGGAUCUGGCAUAAGUGUCACUUUGUCAUGCCAGGCCAUG